AGAUGUUUGGCUCGAGUCCAUGGACAUUGGCCUCCAUUCGAACAUGCUUCACCUUGACUCGCAGAGUCUCACAUGCCUAAGUGGAGCCAAAGGAGCUCUCUGUUUUGAUGGAUUAAGCGCGUGUGUGUUGGUUCAAGAUAUAGUUGCCCGGUGCCUCGGCAAGCAAGCUGUGCCAGCCAUUGACCAGUGCUCAGGGGCGAUUUCGCAGGUUUCCCCGCUUUGUUCGAAAGAGGUUUCCAGUGGCACCUGCUUCCUGCACUUUGCGGAGACCCAUGGCUCCAUGGGCUCGAACUUCUGAUCAGAGAAGCACCGGUAACCAAAAAAGGAGCCAUCUUUGCGAACACAUAGGGACAGAACCAGCUGUCAGGCAAACUAAAAUUUAUACAAGGGCCUUCAGAAGAUAUCGCUGCGGAGAUACAGGGCGAAGGAGUUGAGGAGGGGCCUCCUAGCAGAUCUAUCCAGUCGCACAUUCGCGGAAGCUCUUGAAAGUUGUUGCCAGUCUUUCUUUGCACCGCAAGCUUCGAGGCCUGUUUCGAAAGCGCACGGAAGGCAUGGUGUAAGGUAUUGCUUCCACAACCAAUGGUCAUGUUGUUUCUUCUGCCGUUUUGCGAAAGCUGUCAUGCCGUUUCAUAAAUUGAAUCGGUUUAUGUCGCCCAUUAGUCGCGACAAGUUUUCGUUUGGUCGUUUGGACCGGACAACUUGCUGUUUGGAUGAGUAACGAGACCGCUUCGCUUUCGCGCGGGAAAAUAUGACUGAAAGAAUACCUCCCACCGGCAUGUCGCUCACGUUCAAAAAAGAAACAUCUCGCACGAGUGCCCUGCAGCUUUCAGCAACAGCGUGUUACACAUAGGGACAAAUUGUGUGUCUGAUCUGCCGGGCAGGAGGCAUGCUAGAUCAGCUUGGCUGUACCCAGAACUUCGCGCACGCUCCACGCCGUAGCACUCUUGCUUGCAUAUGCGCUCAGACCUUUUUGAUGCGUUGCCUUGCAGCUGCCGCGCAUGGGGGCAUCCAACUGAAUGCUGCAGUCUUGGCCCACAUUUGCUUCGCGAGCUUGCUGCGCAGCAGGGUAAUUCGUAAGAGGCUUGCACUUAGGACGCAACUGAGCAGACACCUGACCUGCUGCUUGACUUCACAGGGCGCGCGCAUGCAGCUUUGCCAUCAGCAAGUGGCGUUGAAGCCAACCGACCUGGCGCCGUGCUGCGUCAAGUUCCAGCUGCGCGAGUUGGAAGCUUUGUGGACCCUUCCGGCCAGAAGCAGAGAAGGCAGACACUCGCAUUGGCGCAUCUCAUCCCAGCCUGCCAUUCCAGGGCUUUCUGCCUUGAUAGGUUGCAGGGAAUGAGGUUUGCGUUGGCUGCAAGGAAUAGCGCAAACCCCCUUCACUUCCUUUUGCCUGAAACGCUGGGGCCGAAUACCAAUCAAUCAUUGUGGUUGUGGGAAAAGGCACGUUCAGCCACUUGCAAUAAACUCAGGAAUGGGUGGCGCAAGAUAUGGGGCGCAAGAUGCGGCACACAUAGGAAGAUCUGCGGGCAUGCCCUUUUUCCUUACUCUCUUAGUUGCACCGUGCCGCUUAAUACCGUUGGGCUUAGUCGCACAAGCCACGGCGCCUUGUUUGGAUGCGUCGCGCAUCGUACCACUUAAGACCAGCAGCCUUAUGCUACACAGGCAGCCGCGCGGCCAGAAACACCCAGAAGAUCCACAUGGAGGCAGCUUUGCAAUUGAAGGGCCUCCUGACACUUGCAGUUGUUGGUGAAUUUUGUGUGCAUUGGGCUUGAGGUAGCCUACUUGUUCCAGUACAGAGGCAAGGUUGCCUUUUGCAAGUUAAGUUGGCGUGUUUCAGACGUAGCACGCUUUUCCAUGGGAAUGCUGGCGAGGGUCCUCGCCUCACUGCGCAUCCUGGCAGUUCUUAAGAGGUUUGAGAUUGGGUAAAAUUCAGCAGAAAGCUGACCUGCGGCCUGAACACAGUCAUUGCCAGUUGUGUUGAAGCCAACUGACCCCGCCAGUGGGAAACUGAGCUUUGUGGAGCCUGCCAGGCACGCAGCCGUCAAGGCUGAAACUCAUCCCAGCACUCGCGCGACUCAGAAUCCUAGCAUGUUCGUUCAGGGCUUGUUUUCCUGAAGUAAGCUGCUUGGAAUCAGGUUUGUAAUGACUGUUAGGAGUAGCCUUAGAUGGCAUCACGAUGAGUUUCAUGUUGCCUUGACAUGAGCAAGGAACAAUGUGCUUCAAGAGCUUACUGCGCCGCCGGGUAUUUCGUAAGCGGCUUGCACUUGCACGCAACUCAGCAGACACCUGACCUGCGGCCUGAAUUGGCAGGGCGCAGUUGCUGCUCGAUUGGCAGUGCGUUGCAACGCGUUUGUCGUCAGCAAGUGUUUUGCGAAGCUGUUGCAUUGGCGUUGGCUGGCUGCGCAUCAUAGUCAUGCGCAAGGUAGCUUGCACGAGGCUGCACCCGUAAGCUUCUUUCACGCCAGUCCGUUGCGUUUGUUUGUUUCUCUUACGCGCAGGUGCUUCUUGGACGGCGCUGAAGUGGUGAAGCCAGCUGACCUGGCUCCGGCGUUGUGAAGUUGCAGCUGCGCGAGUUUCAAGCUUUGCUUCUGGGGCUUGCGAGCCAAGGCAAUUUGUAGUUGUGCAUUGGGGGAGCUUCCUGAGCCCAAGCUUCACUUGACAGAGGUGCUGCCCAGGCAGUGCUUCGCAAGGACUCCGUCAGCAACCUAGGCCGCGGAAGUUUUGUGAAGUUCCCACUGCGGGAGUGUUCUGACUUCAGCAAAGUGCAGAGCUGUUGGCUAGCUUGUUCAAAACAGAAUCAUGAGCAGACGGAUUGUGCGGCCAAGCUGGUUGAGUCCAACCCAACCUGUUCGAACUCCUGGGGGCCUAAUCGCAAUCCAUAAUCCGAUUAAUCCUUGUUGUGGUCGGCAAUCUUCUCAAUCCGUGAUCCGUGCUGCAAGCUUUUGGUCAAAACCGUAUAUUGGAGCGUCCAAAGUCCGUGCAAAGCAUCCGCAAUCCGCAAGCCGCACAUGUUAGCGACCUUGCGACCAGAGAGGCCUCGCCAUGUGCCCCCUUUGCCUCGUGUCAGCUCCACGGCCCUUUCGGAUGGACGCCUUUGCCUAUGUGAUGCAUCGUGACUUUGGUAAAUGCUACACGCCCUUGCGGCGCCUUCUCUGAGGCUGCCACAGCCCUGGUUAGAAAGUCCGCAGCCUUUUGGGGGGGAAAAGGAGUUAAAGAAAAAUGGGAGACCCGAGAACCCUGGAACCCCCUUCUUAGGAUUUGGCUGAGUUUGCGGCAUGCCGGGAUGGAUGCCGACUCGAACAAGUCUCCGGCCGAGGGGUUCGCAGAACCCUUCCCUUGUGGAAAUGACUGCGAGUUGGUUCGCGCAACUGUUCGCGGAACUUCGCGGAGCUGUUCGCUGAAACAUUUUUCAGAUAACGUAGAUUUUGUCAUUGAAAUUCCGAAGGCCUGACAUGUUGCACCAUUUGGCCAUUCAAUGUGAUUGAACCUGUUUAUACAAAAGAUGGCAUUCACGCACAGCAACUGUCUUGGCAUGACCUUGGUUUAUCCGAGCAAAUACAAUGGGAUGCGCAAUCAGAAGUAUACGGAUUGCCUGACGCAGUGGUUUGCUGAGUGGCUUGUUUGUGUACUCCUUUGGUUUUGCCUUCCAUCGCGUCAGGAGCACACUCAGGCGAUUUAGCAUGCCAGGUGCAUCAUGUCAUUCGGAGCCCGCCGGCUCGGCUGUUGCCAGACCCUCCGCGCAUUGACCCCAUUUUCCCCAUGGUUUGCUCGCCGGCCUUUCCUCUUCUUCAGGGGGACAGGGGCAAUCCCAUGAAGGAAGUGAGAGGCUGCGCAGACGUUCCUCCACUCUGGCGCGGCCGAAGAUGCUGGAAGCGGCUGCGAAGGACCUUCCAUUCAGCUGGAUAAUGAACGUUGUUUCUAGGGACGGCUACUUGGCCAAUACUGGAUGCUCCUAGAUGCGAUUUCCUUUCAUAUGCCGGCAUGGAUCGCGCGCCAUAGGAGAUGGCUGAGCGUUUGAGAGGUUUUCUGCAUGUGUUCGUGCGCAGUGUCGUUCCGCAAAUCAUUUGGGUCCUGGUGCGCUGCGCAACCGGCGAUUGUAAAUGCGCUGUGCAGCAAGCAGGGACUACACCGAGUACUUCUUAACAUGCAAGAUAGGCGUGGGGUGAUGUUGGGCCUUGCCUCCAGCUGCGGUUAGAGUUCCCACCCGGCCAAAGACUUGCCGCUGGUGCAAAGUGCCUCGAUGUGGCUCGCGGGUGGGCUUUCCGCUGUCAGAAUCCCAAUGAGUUCGAUAGUAUUCGGGUUGCCCGGGGAGACGCGCAGGCAGGCCUUGGCCAAAGUGCAGCAUUCGGCCGAAAACCAUACUCUUGCAAGAUAUAUGUGCUCGGUGGCUUCCAGCCACCAGUUCCUUAGCUUUUCAGUUUUUUGGUCGGCUUAGUGACCAAAAGUUGUCGACUUUUAGACUGGAAUC